AUGAAGAUCGAUUAUCGCUCUCGUCUAACAACUAUUCUAGAUGUCGUACGAAUUCUUUUGGUACAAGGUCUUGCAUUCCGUGGUCAUGAUGAGUCUUCAAGUUCUAAAAAUAAGGGGAAUUUUUUGGAGAUACUCAAUUGGUAUGCAAAAAGGGUUGAGAAGGUUGGGAAUGUUAUUAAUGAAAAUGCUCCUGGGAAUAAUCAAUUAACUUCUCCAUUAAUUCAAAAACAGUUGGUGAAUGCAUGUGCUGCAGAGACAACGUUAGCAAUUAUUAAUGAAAUUGGUGACAGUAAUUUCUCACUAAUUGUUGAUGAGUCUCUAGAUAAAUCAAUAAAGGAGCAAAUGACAGUCAUUUUGAAGUUUGUGAACAAGCAAGGUCAGGUUGUUGAAAGAUUUCUUGCGAUUCAGCAUGUAGCCGACACUUCAACAUUUUGUCUAAAAGUAACUUUAGAUGAAUUAUUUGCUCGUCAUGGUUUAUCAAUUUCAAAAUUAAGAGGACAAGGGUAUGAUGGAGCCUCAAAUAUGAGAGGAGAAUUUAAUGGUCUGAAGACAUUGAUUUUAAAAGAAAAUCCUUUCGCGUUUUAUAUCCACUGCUUCGCCCACCAACUGCAAUUAGUAGUUGUUUCUGUUGCCAAAAGAAAAGGAAAGCAUCAAGAGACAAAUCUUGCAAAAGCAGGAGAUACUCGUUGGGGUUCACAUUUUACAACUUUGAUUCAUCUCUUGACAAUGUGGGAAUCAGUUUUAGAGGUUUUACAAAAUGUUUGUCAAGAUGGAUCAAUUGCAGAUCAAAAAGGUUUGGCAUCAAGCUUGAUUAGUAAAAUGGAGAGUUUUGAGUUUGUCUUUGUCUUGCAUUUGAUGAUGAAAGUGUUGGGGAUCACAAAUGAAUUAUCAAAUGCUUUGCAGCAGAAAGAUCAAAAUAUUGUCAAUGCCAUGGCGUUAAUUAAUAUUGUAAAAGAUCGUAUUCAAGAUUUCAGGGAUAACAGGUGGGAUGAGUUAUUAGAAGAGGUUCAAAGCUUCUGUGAUAGAAUGUAUAUUCCAAUACCUAACAUGGAAGAUAAAAUACCAGUUCGGGGUCGUUCUAGGCGUGAAGGGCAGUGGAUUACUUAUUAUCAUCAUUAUCACGCAGAGAUUUUUAUUGCAGUUAUUGAUUUAAUUGCCAUUGAGAUGAAUAAUCGGUUCACUGAGACAACUACAGAGUUGCUAGCUUGCAUAUCAUGUCUUGAUCCAAGAAACUCAUUUUCCAGAUUCAAUCAUGCCAAGCUACUUCGACUUGCAGAAAUCUAUUAUGAUGAUUUUUCUAUACAAGAUCUUCAAGUUCUAAAAGAGCAACUUCACACAUACAUUCAUGAUAUUAGAAGAUGUUCUGAUUUUGUUGAAUGUGAUGAUCUUGCAAGUCUUGCUGUGAAACUAGUUGAAAGUCGAAAGCAUUUGGUAUUUCCGUUGGUUUAUCGCCUUAUUGAAUUGGCUUUGAUCUUACCGGUGGCAACAACAUCAGUUGAAAGAUCUUUCUCGGCCAUGAAUAUCAUCAAAACCGAUUUGCGCAAUAAGAUAGGAGAUGAAUGGUUGAAUGAUAUGAUGAUAUGCUAUAUCGAACGCUAA